GCAUGGAUGUGUGCAUCUGUGCGUGAGUGCAUCCAUCACUCAGUCUCCUCCUCCUCCUUCAUGGUGUCCAUCGCUUUGAAGGCCCCCAAGCAGUCCACAAGACCCGAACCAGUGGCCAAGUCCUCACCCUCAACUGCACACACGCAGACACAGACACAGACACGAACGAAGUGGCGGCAUGAUACAUGCGUCUGUCGACUCGGUACGGACCGUCCAUAUCGACGGCGGUGUCCUUGAGGAUCUGCUUGACGGCGGCAGGAGUCAGGUUGGGAUUCUGCUCGAGCAUCAGGGCCACGCAGCCAGAGAUGUGGGGCGCCGCGGCAGACGUCCCGAAGAAGUUCGGGUCGGCGUCUUCGUCCUUCUCGCUGUCGCUAUAGAAGCUGGCCGUAUUGCCACCUGCAGACACCAAGGGGAGCCAAGCCGCCGGCAUUCAUGUCGUCACUUCGUGUUGUGGCAAGCUCACCGUCGAUGCCAACCAUAUCGGGCUUGACAAGUUUCACCUCCUCGAUGGCUCCGCCGGCGUCGUCGAAGAGAAGGGGGAUGUAGCCGACCGAGGAAAACUCCUCCUUCUCAGGUUUCUCCAGGUCCCCGUCGAAGUAGUUCGUGUUCUGCGCACACAGGCGCACCAGAAGAGGCAGUCGAUUGUACUGGUUGCUCAUCUAUCUGACGUGUUUGUCUGACCUGCCAGAAUGCUGCACCGGCAGAAAUGGCGCCCUCGGCAUUGCAGUGGCCUGGGGACACAACACACCCAUCCCCACAUCAUGUGCACACAGGAGAUGGUUUCGCGGCCAUCCAUCCGUUAGUUAGGUCGACAUGCUCCAUUCGCCCGCCUCUCACCGUAGAUGGUGGCCCCUCCUUUGUUGCAGCACUCAUUCUUGACCUUGGCGCCAUCGAUGACGGCCGCAACAUACUGGGGGUCUGGGUCGUCGUUGGUUUCCUUUUGCAACCUUCUGGAGUCUCCCCUGGCAUCACCACUGCCAACCCACUUGAGGAUCGCUAGGUAGACAGUCUCAUUCUCCAUGUUCUCAUUCUGCAGGCAUGAAGGCAAGACAGCACGCACUCAUGUGGUGCGAAUCGAAGGGCGAAUGUGGAUGGCGCAUACGUAAUACUCAAACAUCUCCAUCGCGUCGCCGUCCGCGUUGAUGGUGUUGCUUCCGCCGACGAUUUCCCACUCCGCCGCCUCACCCUCCUGAUUGUCCUCCUGCUUUGCCUUUUGGAGCAGGUACAUAUCCAAAUCACUAUCCGCACCUUUGCCUCCAGCAGACUGCCACACAAAGAUGCAUGUGUACCCCCCUCCCUCUCUGUGUGUGUGCGUGUGUGUGUCGUUGACUGACCGCGCUGGGGGAUGCCCAGUUCAUGAUCAUGAGCACGCCCAUGCCGCCUUCGACCUCCAGCUCCAACAGGCUCUCGCAGUUCUUGCCUUUCCCCGAGAAACAGUGCAUCUCGUACGUCUCGCUGCAUAUAUCGCAUCAGGACAAAGCCACCACCGACCCGACCCAUGUUUGUAUGUGUACACCGGCGGCUGCUACGUGUGAUGUAAUCUGUCUCACUUUUGCAGGACCAUCUCUUCGCCGCUGUUGGUGAAGUUGGCAAAGUACCCGGCAUUGCCCCAGUUGCCUGCGGCCGACAGGUAAGUGCUGCCCUUGGCGACCACGUCCUCGGCGGCUUGAGCAAUUAUACCAUGCUGGAACAUCGGCUCUGCCAUUACAGCACCACAAGACACAACAGACAGGCCGACCCAUGUCAGCAGGUAUCCAGUUCAGAAGGAGAGUGAUCAUCUGUUUGCGUACCAGCGAAGUAGAUAACAUCGUCCACAAUGACUUUACAGCCGACCUUGUGCAGCUCUCCGAUGUUUGCAGCGAAGCCCGCCUCACCGUCGAAGGCAGUCGCGAAGGCAAGCUUGGAGCCGGGGGCUAUGUCGUGAACGAUCUCCAUCAUCCCCCCACCCUGCAUAUAAGGGGCGUAGAAGGAGCACACUCGUGUUUGCAUCAUGUGAGCGUGGUGUCCAGCGUCUUGUCUCUCACCUCAUCACUGCCCAUAGCCUGAUCUUGGAUGACCUCCACUCCUUCCUUCGGCAGGUCGUUCUGCUUUAUCAGCUUGUCGGCAACGCCGGUGGCGUUGUAGGAGUCAGAGAGCACGCCCACCUUCACGCCCGAGCCGUUCACGGCAUACUGGUUCCUGACCUCCGACGUGUAAGAGGCGUCGUCGCCCUCGGUCGUCACAGUACCCACCAGCUUGCGCACGGGCGGCACAGGCAGGGGAGGGGCUUCCAAGCCCAGACGCUCGGCCCUCUUCUGCUUUGCGGCCAUCCUCCUCCUGAGCAUACCCGACCUCGUGUCCAUUCGGGAAGCCCUCACCAGCAGCACCUGGGGCACCUUGGCCACCUGCAGGAUGGCCUCGUAGGGCAAAAAGCCGCUCCUCAAGUGCUUGUGGCUCUUCAGGUCGCUGAGGCCGAGGGAAGCGAAGUCGGCCUGCAGCGCCUCGGCGGACGUGUCGGCGUUUUGCGGGUUGAGGACGAUGUCGACGAGGAUCUUCUCCUUGGUCACGCGGGUCCGCGUGCGCUCAGCAAACUGCUUGAGGCCCUUCUCGGACAUGAAGAAGUCGCGGAAGGGCUCGAAGGUCUUGAGGAUGCCCCGGUCGCUCUGUGCGGUGUCCUGGCCCUUCUGGCGCUUCUGGAAGCCGUCAUAGAGCAGAUGCACCUGGUAGAGGAGGGUGUCCAGCCCCUGAGGGGGGCGCCGCAAGUCCAGAGGCAUCGACACUCUGUCCAUGGGCUGGAGCAUCGGCCUUGCACCUAUGACACGACAAAUACCACAGACAAAGACAGCAAUGGUGAGCGGUGGGUCUCCGUGCACCGCCCCGCCGGCCCAACGGUCGCUGACCAUCCUCUUCGCCCUUGGCCUCAUGGUCGCCGGAGCGCUUCUUGCCGGCGCCCGAUUGCUUCCCCUCGCUCUCUGCUCACCACACACCAUACACACACACACACACACCGGCCGGCAAUACCUUGUGUCGCGCUCUGGCAUUGUUCUCCCCGCCCCCCCUCGCUCUGCUUACUCUUGCUGUCCGCUCUGAAGGAGUCGGCGCUGGCGAAGCAGACACCAAGGGCGAGGAACACCGCAGCCAACGGCCCUGCUCUCAUCUUGCUUCUCGGUAGAGAGGGCGCCGCCUGCUGCCUAUGUAAAGCUGUACAGCUUCAACCUUGUCCUUGGCUGAGUCUGCUCACGAGGAUUGGAAAGGGAAAAUCCGACAAAAAGCAAC